GCCGGAGUCGGCCUGAGGCGCCGUCGUGACGGAGACGAAGCGGGGCGAGACGGGCGCAGAGGGAGGGGGGUAGAGAGACGGAGACGCGGCCGGGCUGCUGCUGUCGCCUCCACCACCACCACCGUCACCAUGCUGGCGUUGUUGUCUCGGCUGCUGGACUGGUUCCGGUCGCUGUUCUGGAAGGAGGAGAUGGAGCUGACGCUGGUCGGGCUGCAAUACUCGGGCAAGACCACCUUCGUCAACGUCAUCGCGUCAGGUCAGUUCAGUGAAGAUAUGAUUCCUACAGUGGGCUUCAACAUGCGGAAAGUUACCAAGGGUAACGUCACAAUAAAGAUCUGGGAUAUUGGAGGACAGCCACGAUUCCGAAGUAUGUGGGAGCGCUAUUGCAGAGGAGUUAAUGCUAUUGUGUAUAUGGUAGAUGCAGCGGAUCGUGAAAAAAUAGAAGCUUCUAGAAAUGAACUGCACAAUCUACUAGACAAACCACAGCUACAAGGAAUUCCUGUUCUAGUACUUGGAAACAAAAGAGACCUUGCUAAUGCUUUGGAUGAGAAGCAACUUAUUGAAAAAAUGAAUCUGGCUGCUAUUCAAGACAGAGAAAUCUGCUGCUACUCCAUUUCCUGCAAAGAAAAGGACAAUAUAGAUAUCACACUUCAGUGGCUUAUUCAGCAUUCGAAGUCUAGAAGAAGCUGAAAUCUUACAGAUAAUCCCCCAGUUGGCCAUAAUCUCAAUUGUCUACUCCCUCCAUGAUGAAAUGUUUUCCAGGAUAGUCCUCCUCUAUCCAAGGAAUUGCCUUUUUUUCACAGUUCAUGCCUCCAUGUGCACUGCUGAAUGACUUAUAUUCCUACUUCUGUCAAAGAAUCAGCUAAGAGUUAUCAUGAGUCGUGCAAAUGUUUCUAUUAAGUUCACCUAAACCGUGGCAGUGGGCGUGCCCUUCCCAAAAGCUACCAUUAAAUCAAAGUGUGUUUCUGCUCUGGUCUUCCUGAGCCAGGUUUUUAUAUUUGAUUUUCAGCAAACUUAUUUAAUACUUGUAUUUAGUGGCUUGCUGAAGAUGCUGCCACAGGGCAGCAUGAGGAUUCUAGCACCACUUAUUGUACUUAUUAAGCUUUUCAAACACCGUUUAAAUGGGAUACUAACUUUUCUCUCAGAUGCAUGUGAUGUGUAUUGUAAAAUGGUUUGCAAUGGAAAGUACCAGGCACUAGAUAUUAAAUCACUAAAUUAUCUUAAGUUCUCAAGUUUCAUUCAUCCCAAUCAAUGAGAAAUGUCAAAUUGUCAACUUUAUUUUGUUUUUGUAUCUGUUCAGGCCAUUGCUAAUAACUUUAUAUAUGUUAAAAUUCUUAAGAGGGAUGCAGAAUGAUUACUUCAAAAUCGAGCUUUCGAGAGUUUGUACACACACAAGCAGGUAAAACGUAAGAACCUCAGUCUAGACUAACAAUCACGCCUUGCUCCUUGAAAUGUUUUGCAAAGCCUGUAUAGCUGCAUGACACUUUGUUGUCACACUGACUCCCAUCGCAAAAGAAUCUUAUCACUGUCUGGCUUGUUUUUUGUUAAUGGAAUAGUUGUGCACAGUUGCACUUGGUGCUAGGAAAUACCUAGGCUAUUGUGACAACUCUAGGUUUGCCUGCUUUCUCAGUGUGUAAUCAUGUGUAAAGUUCACAGGCUGUGAAAUGUUAAAUGGUGCUUUGACGCACAAGAGAAUCAAUGAAUGGAUCUUGUUCUGGUUAGCUUCUGCAGCAUAGAGGCGUAUGAACUAUAAAAUCUGUAACACUACUUCUGUAGCUUUACCUUCUUCGCAGUGUCAAUAUUUAAAGGGACAGACUUGUUAAGGCUAAUUUUGUUCAUACAGUAAUGUUAAUGUAGCCCACUGUAUGCAUACAAAUAUAUGGUUACACCUCCUUUUGUUGCCCCUCUCUGUGUUGAAAUUUUUAAGACAGCACCUGCAUGUACUUAGAUGCUACACUUUCAGAAUCCUUGUUUGAUACAUAUUUGGUACUUUCAGGGGCAUAUUUACACACAUAAACAUACAUAUGCCUGAUCCAGUACAAAACAGUUUCUUGAAAAAGAGCAUCUCAUACCGGACCAAGCACUGCUAACAGCCACGGUAUGGGUCCUCCAUGUAGGGCAACUCUCCUGUUCUUUUAGAGGCAUUCCUAGGUUACUUCAAAGCGUUUUCUGCUAAAAGUCCACAAACCAUGCUUUUAUAGUAGCACAUGGCAUGUUUGUAAAAGACUGCCACAGUGCUGUCAGAUGGUUUAGGAAAAGUAAAAUAAAAUCAUGCAGUGGCUGCAGACCGAGCCUAGUUGAGUGUUUUAAGGCAUUGUAUGUGCAAUGUAUGAACCUGUACCAAGUUACAGUAGCUUUGCCACAGCUUUUGGACCAAGUUAACUAACACAAAUGUGCCCCAGGACAACCAGUUUUGAUUUAUACUGCCAUGGCCUUACUGUUCCCAUACAAAUUACUGCACUAUUGCACAGACACAAGUAUUGCCUCCAUUUACAAAUUGAGCUUGCAAUUUUAACUUUUGUAUGCUUCAGUUAAAUCCUGCAUUGUUGGUGCUGUAGAGACAGUUAAAUACCUUGCUACUGUAGUUGUAGUUCACAGUGGACUGCUACACUUGACUAGAGCAACUCUACUUGUGCCUAAAAACAAGGAAGCUGAACUAGAAUGUGUCGACCUUUCCUGUAGGAACCAAAUUACUGUUUAGAUAACUGGCCUAUUGAUGAAUUCAAUGUGUGGGUUUUUAUUUUUUUGGUGUAUACUUCACUGCUUUCCGCAUUUUGACAUCCAAAAACUACUACCAACUUUUUAACCUGUGCAUUAGUCUCGGCAUGUGAACAACUUCUACAUUUACCAAACUUUGUAAAUAUGUGAAUUUUUUUUUAUUUAGGUGGAUUGCAUUUUGUUGGUUUACUGCUGUUUAGCUUUAUCCAAUAAACUUGAGUUUUCAGGGUCAUGUUGA